CUCCAUUAGAGGCAGGCGGGUGACGUUUUUCUUGUGUCGUCCAAGGCUGAUAUCAGGACGGCAUCCCAUGAGCCAAAGCAUGUCCGCCGCGCGAUCACCUGCGGUGACCGGCCUCACGGAAUCGUCAAGAGGUGGGCCUCCGAAGCAAAAGAUCCGCGGGUCACCGCCUACUUCGGCGGCAGAACUGGCGCAUUUGGGCACGAAAUGCGGGUACCUGCGCAAGGAAGCAGACAACGAGAAGGGGUUAUGGAGCAAGUACUUCUUCGUUGUGAAGCCAUCGACGUUCCUGUACUACUACAAGACCGAAAAGGAUGAGUACCCUCGCGGCGUGAUCGACAUGGAGUACAUGACCGACGUCCGGCUCAACUCGCAAUGCAUCAAGCGCAGCGUGGGGGGGUCCAACUACAGUUUCCGCGUCGCAGCAGACGUGAAAACCACCGAGCAAAAGAAAAUCCGACCGCUGUUCCUGGACAUUGAUACCGACGACCGUGAAGGCGGUGAGGCGGCCGCCGCCGACGCAAGGAAGUGGAUGCAGGCCCUGCAAGGACAUCGGUACAUCCAAGUGGACUCCCAACGAGACGACCUAGCCGUGGAACUGAAGGAGCUCAAAGAGCGGCUAGCUGCCAGCGAGGCCACCGUCGCCCAGCUCACCGACAAGUUGGACCACAUCACUCGUCGUGCCAAGUACACGGUCAAAGAAGCUAUGGCUUCAACCCACAGCUGUCGGACGGCGCAGGAAGCAUCGUUCGUGUCCGACUCGUACGAGAGUAUCGCCGAGUCUUUGGACGCCCUCGCGAGCCUCGAGAAGCUGGGGCAGGUGGUGGGCGAUGUCACGACGCAGGUCCACGCUCGGAACCAGCACAUCGCCAAGCUGCACGCCGAGUUAGCCGAGUUUGGCCGGGAAAAGAACUUGUCUCCGAAUUUCAACGACGACACGAACGACGGGCUGGACGAAUUGAACCCAGAGAUCCUGGAAGCCGUGCUGGACGACUCGCAGGGCGCCAUCAGUUCCAAGCAGAUCCGCGCCAUGAAGCAAAAGAGCAUGCGCGGCUUCGCCGCGCCGACGGCGCCGUCGACGCAAAUGCUCGGCGCGGCCAUGAGUCUCGGGUUUAGCAAGGCCAAAGCGGCGACCACGCGGCUCGUGCAAGCCAAGCUGCAGCGCAAUCCGACAAAUAUAACGCCAACCAGUCGAGGAGGAGGUCGGUGGACGCGAGUCGAGAGCAAGCAAGCACCGGGCACGUUUUACUACGUGAACGAAGCCACGGGCGAGGAAUCGUGGGAGAUGCCGCUGAGCGGCGUGACGGAGGACGGCGGCAGCGACGACGAUGGCGGCGUCGAAUACGGGUAUGGAGGAGGAGCCAGCAACCAGUCGUCGUCGAUGGUCGACGAUGAUGGCGACGAGGGCAACACCACCAACUCAGCGACGAGUGGGGACGGAACCGGCGGCGGCGGCGACUUUGACAAGUACAAGAUCCUGUGGAAGAAAACAAUGAACAAGCAAACGUUCGCUCGGAUGAACACAUACGCGUUUGCCAAGCAGAAGAAGGACGCCGCCGUGAACGGCGACGUGAAAGAGAUCGAUCGGUCGCGGCAUCAGUUUUAAAAACCAUUAAUAUAGUAUCUCACACAGCAGCACAUAUCCGUGUUCCAAUUGAUGUGGUUAGACGUGCAUCACGGGACGACGGAGCUACGUGAAUAUCUAUUCGUCGUCCGACGCGGCCUUGGGGAGAUGGCUGUACGUGGUCUUGUUCUUGGUGGAGAAGACAGUCAUGGGCACGAUCAGCAAGACCAUAACCCCGGUCAGGAUGGCUGUGCGGUUCUUCCAGUUCUUGGGCUGGUUCCACCACCCGCCGGCAGGGGACCACGUGUGCUUGGGGUACGGGUACUUGGUCACGGCGCCCAUGUUGGUUCGACUGACUUUGCGAGUUGUGGCUGGCGCAAGAAAACCUCCAAGAUUCAAUAUCCUGUUGAGCGUAUCAAGUAUGCA